UAUGAAAAAUGAUGUUCUUUUAGGAAAAAACAUGAAUUAGAUCACACUUGUUUGCUAUAAAUAGUGAUUUCCCUCAUUUUUCAUAUAUAUUCUGAUAUUCUAGUCUUCUUCUUCUUGCAUUUCAAUAAGUCUCGUGUAAUUUCUGAUGGAAAGAGAAGGAGCAACGUGUGGAGGAGAUAGAUUGAAGAACCAAGCUGAGGCCUUUGAGGAUAUGAUCUCAGAGGUCCCUUUUCGGUACCGUGCCGGGGAAUCAACAAAUUCAAUAUUGAAUCGAAGUCCAGAGGUGGAGAUUUCCCAAGAACAGCCCCCUGGCCUUAGCGUAAUCUUGCUGGAUAAGCAUGACACUAUUUUCUCUGGAGCAAAACGAAAAGUCAUAACUCUAAUUGAAAAGGUUGUUGAUAAGCCUUCAUUAAGCAGUGCUCCAGUAAAAAAUGUUACGGAGUGGAAUUGUGAACUUUGUCAGGUAUGUACUACAAGUCAAGAUGGUCUGAAUGACCACUUCCAAGGAAAAAAACACAAACGCAAGGUGGCUGCUAUAAGAGAACACAAGGACGACAAAAACUGCAGUAUUGGUCUUCUCCCAAAGAAACCAAAACUUAUGCAGCCUAUGGAACGUCCUUGCGAUGAUCUCAUAUCCGGGGAGAAAUUAGAGGAAGAAUCAUCAGCUAUAAACGAUAAUGAUCCAGCAUCCUUGUUGAUAGAUGACAGUGCAAAUGACUUGAGAAAGCAUACAACUCAUGAAAAGCAAGAGUUCCCAUUUUGGUGUGACACAUGCCAAAUUGGUACCUUCUCUGAAAUAGUCAUGGAGGCACAUAAGAUUGGAAAAAAACACAAACGCAAAGUGGAGAAUAAAAGCUACACCGUUGUUCUUUCACCAACAAAACCACAAUUCAUCCAGCUUGUGGGACAUCCUUCCGAUGAUAUGAUAUCAGGGAAGAAAUCAGAGGAAGAUUCAUCAGGUACAAACGAUAACGAUCAACCAUGAUUUUAUUCGCAAGGAUAAGUAGUGUCCAAAACGCAGAUUGUGUCAACAACUAGUAACUUAUUUUUGUUGUCAAUUAAAACUAUUGUUACCAUUAUUACCUUUUGAUUCGUUGUCCUUUCUACCAACUAGUAUUUAAUUUUUGUUGUUUAAGGAAAUCAUAUGCGUCGUUGAGUUUUGAAAACAGUGAA